UUGCCUCAUUUUUUUGAGUAAAACUGCCUCAAUCAUUUAGGCUUCGGAAGUCAGAAAAAUGUCCCUCAAAACCCUGGAGGAGCUGUAUAUAAUACUUGCAAUCACAUCCAUUUCAUUUUUAUUCUUGGAGUUCUCCAAGAUUAAUCUCUGCCCUACUUUCUUCAAGGAAUAUGGCAUUGAUGAAGUGGAGAUGCUGUUGAAAAGAUCGAAAAUAAAGGCUAAAGAGCGUCUGGUGGAUGUUGUUCUGGAGUUCUUUUCCUCUUGCAAGCAGUACAGCAGCAACUUAGAAAGGAAGAGGAAUCCACGCCAAAACAACCUGGAUAAAUGCCGCGUGGGGCUCAUCAAGAGGAACAUUGUUUUGCUGGCCAAGCAGACACUAAGAGUGAGAAAACGAGUCACCAGAAAUACAGUUAAAGACCGACUAGCAGAUCUUAGAAAUAUCACCAAGAGACUCCGCUUUCUGGCUAUAGAGCCUCAGAGCACUCUGCCUGAUGUGUUCCUGUGGAUGUUGAGUGGAGGGAGACGUGUGGCCUACGCCAGGAUUCCUGCACCCUCUGUCCUCUUCUCUCUGGUGGAGGAGGAGAAAGGAAAAGACUGCGGAAAAAUCACUGCUGUGUACAUGAAGACACCUGGAGGGCCAGUGGGGGAAAUCUUCGCCAAGCUGGAAGUCUAUAUGUGGCUGGGUAUCACAAAGUAUGCCAAAAACUGUGUCACCAGUCUUCCAGCAGAGUUUAGACCCAUUUACGAAGAUGCGACAUCUGGUGCAUCGAUUCCCCGUAACAUGCCUCCCACCAAAUUAGCAGUGGAAGACAGUCGUUACUUCCAGUUACGUGCUCACAUUUAUCAGGCGCGGGGCAUCAUUGCAGCUGAUGACAAUGGACUGUCAGACCCCUUUGCCAAGGUUGUGUUCAGCACUCAAUGUCAAGUCACACGGGUGAUGGAGGAAACUCUGUCCCCGACGUGGUGUGAGUUACUCUUCUAUGAUCAGGUUCUGAUGGAGGGCAGUAAGGACGAAUACAGGGAAGACCCUCCGGUGGUCAUCAUCAACAUCUAUGACUACAACAAACUAGGAAGUCCACAAGCCCUUGGUCGUGCAUUUGCCAGGCCAGAGCUGAAGUUUGUGGAAGAGCCGUAUAAAAAACCCCAGCUGCAGUUUUUCGAGAUCACAAAAGGCAAGAGUAAAGCUGGUGAAAUUCUGGCCGCUCUUGAGCUUAUUGAGCUGGAUUACUCAAGCUUUGGAGAGCCAGCUCUGCCAGUGGAUGUUGACCCCAAGAAACCACAAUACAUGGAAGAAGAAUGCUAUUAUAUCAUUCCUGAGGGAGUGCGACCCGUGCUGAGGAAAUACAGAAUAGAGGUGCUGUACUGGGGCCUGAGGGGCUUGAAAAGGGUCAACCUGUUUGAGGUGGAGCGUCCUCAAGUGAGGAUGGAGUGUGCGGGACAGAUGAUCGAGUCGGAGGAAAUUCAGAGUUACAAGCUGAACCCAAACUUCAGUGAUGUGGUUAAACACUUUGAUGUUGAGCUGCCAGAGCUUGUGUACCUUCAUCCUCCUCUCACCAUUUUCGUAAUGGAGCAGAGGGCCUUCGGGAGGCUGGUGCUGGUGGGAACUCAUGUGGUUCAAAACCUUGUGCAGUUUGGGCCCAGAGACCAGGAGGAGUGGAAAGACGAGGAGGAGGAGCCUGAGGAGAAAAAGCCUCCUAAGAAGUCCACUCCAUUAACCACUGUGAUCAACAUGGAUUUGGGAGGCCUUCCUCUGAAGCACACCAAAAUUCCCAUCAACCCUCUCAACUUAGUCACGUCUCCAAUUAAAAAGGUGAUCAAAAAGGAGGAGGAGUUAGAGGAGGAGCCACCUGAAAAGGAGGAACUUGAUUGGUGGUCUAAAUAUUAUGCGUCUCUGGCUGAACUCGAAAAACAGGAAGAGAAAGAGGAUGACUUGGAAGAUGGACAGGAUGGAGAUGGAGCGCCGCUGACCAUGUCUGCACUGGAGGCAGAGGAUGAUGAAGGUGUGACUGAAGUAGAUUCUCCUGCUCCAAAAAGGAAGAACAUUUGCACCUUACAGCUUUACAAGUUUGAACUGGAAAACGACUUCAGUCAGUUCAUGGACUGGUUGCACAUAUUUCCUGUCUACAAAGGCAAAUCUAGUCUGGAAGAUGAAGAGGAAGAUGAAAGUUCGAGAUAUAUGGGUAAAUAUAAGGGAUCGUUUCUUAUAUACCCCAUUGCUCCUGAAGACGAGGAAGCGGACUGUCAGAUCACUAACGGGAUUCCCAAAAAUACACCUAUCAAAGUCCUUGUGAGGGUGUAUGUUGUAAAAGCAACCAAUCUGGCUCCCACAGACCCAAAUGGAAAGGCAGACCCCUAUGUAGUGGUGAAAGUUGGCCAGCAGCAAAUGGACAGCAAAGAACGCUACAUUCCUAAACAGCUGAACCCAGUGUUUGGAGAAGUGUUUGAACUGACCGUGUCCUUCCCUCUGGAGACAGAGCUCACGCUGUAUGUGUUUGACCAUGAUCUUGUGGGAUCUGAUGACCUCAUUGGCAAAACUCGCGUGGACCUGGAGAACCGUUUCUUCAGCCGCCACCGUGCCGGGUGUGGCCUGGCCCUUCAUUAUGAUAAGGAUGGCUAUAAUAAAUGGAGAGAUGCCAAGAAGCCCACUGCGAUAUUAUUGGAGCUCUGCCGCAAAAAUGGGAUUCCUUCUCCGGAGUACAGAGAGUCUGAAAUUAAAGUGCUCAACAAGAUCUUCAGAGUUCCCAACGAGGCUUUUCCAGAGGAGUUGCUGAAGAAGAAUAAGAAGACAGAGGAGGACUACGCAGAGCUGGAUGAGCACAAAGCUCUGAGUGUCCUGCAUCGCUGGAAGGAGAUGAGAGAGUUCUGCGAAGGAGCCUGUCCACUGGUUCCUGAGCAUGUGGAAGUUCGCUCACUGCUCAAUGCGGAGAAGCCGGGCCUCCCUCAGGGUUAUGUGCACAUGUGGAUUGACAUGUUUCCUGUGGAUGUUCCUCCACCACCACCUGUUAAUAUUAAACCUAGACUUCCAGAGAGUUAUGAGCUGCGUGUGAUCAUCUGGAAUACUGAUGAUGUCGUGCUGGAUGAUGUCAACCCUUUCACUGGAGAGCCUUCAAGUGACAUCUAUGUUAAAGGCUGGAUUAAAGGUCUGGAAGAUGAGAAACAGGAGACAGAUGUGCAUUUCAAUUCCCUGACUGGUGAAGGCAACUUUAACUGGCGCUUUGUCUUCCAUUUUGACUAUCUUCCCACUGAGAAGGAGGUCAUUUACAAGAAGAAGGAGUCUCUGUUCGCCCUUGAGGAGACAGAGUUUCGCCAGCCGGCUGUUCUGGUACUGCAGGUCUGGGAUUAUGACCGCAUCGGCUCCAAUGACUUCUUGGGAUCCAUAGAGUUGCGUCUUAGUGAUAUGGUCCGUGCGGUGAAAACUUCAGAGCAAUGCAGCGUCAAAAUGGCUAAAGACAAGGCUGGCCCUCGCUUCUCCAUCUUCCGCAGCAAGAGGAUGAAGGGCUGGUGGCCACUCAUCAAACUGAAAAGCCAAGAGGAUAUCGAGAGAGAGGAGAGGGAGGCUGAGCAAGAGAAGAAAAACAAGAAGAAGAAGAAAAAGAAGUCAAGCAAACGAAGCCAAAUGAAACCGGAAGAUCUGCAGUUUGUGGACAACAGCGGGAACACCUUCCUCUUAAUGGGUAAAGUAGAAGCAGAGUUUCACCUUGUGACCCCUGAGGAAGCUGAAAAGAACCCUGUAGGAAAAGCGCGCAAAGAACCUGAGCCUCUGGACAAACCAAACCGUCCCAAGACAUCCUUCAACUGGUUUGUGAACCCCAUGAAGACCUUUGUGUUCUUCAUCUGGAAGAAGUACAAGAAGUACAUCAUUGCUUUGAUCAUUCUGGUUAUCCUGGGGCUCUUCCUCGGCCUCAUCCUCUACACUAUGCCGUCACACAUCAGCCAGCUCAUUGUUAAUGGAUGAGAAGGUGGAAACACACAGAAACACAGACAGACAUAAUGAUGCCUGCUUUAUGUGCACAUAGAAAUCAUUUACAUUCAAUGGAAAAGCCAUAACAAAUAGAGUAAGACUUAAAUUGUAGUUUAGUGCUUGAUUUAGUGUACAUUACAGUUCAGGUAUUUUUUCAUUGCAUAUGUUUUACACUGCGGAUGCACUUCCAGCUGCAACGCAUCACUGGGAAACGUCCAUACACUUUCACAUUCACAUUCA